AUGGAGUGCACAAAAUUACACGAAGCCGUCGAGAGAAUGGGUUACACUGGCGUCUGCAUCGGUGCCGAAAGAGCGCAACUCCUGAGGAACUCCCUAUUGAUACUCCAAAAAGAAAACCACUUUCGAAAGAUGUAUUACUGGGGUAGAAUAAAUGGCAUCGGGAGCGAUUACCACAUUGCGUUUGGUUAUGCAAAAGAUUGUUUAAAGGACCGAACCUUUUUCUACAGUUUAGAUGGUUUGGAGUGGUUAUUACUGCCAAAAUCAACGAAAUGCGGAAAAUUCUUGGCACCUCUAGCCACAACCCUAUUCGAUGGAAAUCCAUCGAUCGUGACGAACGUUUACAGUAAAAAUCCGGCAUUUCCACCGGACGAAGACGCUGAAGAAUUCUAUCAAGGUCCAGUGCCUCAAUUUUUGAAAGAGGAAGACCGUCUGUCCGCAGUCGUUGAAUUUAUAACCGAAGACUGUCAAAUAAUCCCUCGAGGCGCGUGGUACAAACAUCCGGACGGCUCGAUAACCGACAAUAUGGCGUUUCAAGGUCUAAAUCCUAUCGAAGCCCUGGACCAAAAAUCGUACCUUCACGCGCGCUUCCCCAGGGAGAAAUGGACGGCAAAUCUUGUGAUUAGAGAUGAUUACAACUACUCGUUGGACUUCCUAGACCCCAUUUCCACUGAUGUCCCGAAAGAGUGUUGGAACGUCCAAAGAUAUCUCGCCUCUCGCCUGGUGAUCCUGCAAAACCUUUAUUGGCCCGGCAUGACAUUCUAUCACAUCCCGGAAUCACCUCAUUAUGGCUCUUUAUACCUUGGAAAUGGCAUCAAGAAUCUAAAUAUACCAUUUAUGGUCUAG